AUGUCAAAUCUUGCCAGCAAAGUGAUCACUAUCACCGGCGCAGCAUCUGGUAUUGGCCUCGCCACUGCGAAGCGCCUCGUAUCUCUAGGGGCACGAGUGUCCCUCGCAGAUAUAGAUGGAAAAAAUCUCGCCCUGGCAGCAAAAGACCUCAUCGACAUUCAUGGACCCGAUAAUAUUCACUCCAGUCGUCGAUCCAUCUCCAAGUUUGGGCAGUUCAACGGCGCAGCGAAUCUAGUUGGAGUCAACUCUAAGCAGACGUACAAGUCCCCAAUCACCGACAUCGAUGACGAAGAUUGGGAUUUUGUCAUGAACGUCAACUUGAAAGGUGUUCUAAACUGCCUCCGUGCACAGAUCCCAGCCAUGGAGGAUGGAGGCGCCGUCGUCAAUGCUGCAUCUAUAGCAAGCUUACUGGGCUUUGCUAACGCUGCGGCCUAUGUUUCCAGCAAGCAUGCUGUGAUAGGUCUCACGAGGACCGCAGCUAAGGAAGUCGGCCACAGAGGCAUACGUGUUAAUGCUAUAUGCCCUGGCGCUAUUAACACUCCGCUAUUGCAUGCGGUUACCGAUAACGUGGGUGUCGGCUUUCAGGCCCCUCGUGUUGCGCUAGGUCGGGAAGGAGAACCAGCAGAGAUAGCAGCAUUGGUAACUUUCCUUCUGAAUGACGAGAGUCGUUAUAUCACCGGGUCUUGUUAUGGUAUUGAUGGUGGCUGGGCAUGUUAG